AGUAGUCUCCAAGGAGAUUUCUAUGCGGAAAGUAAAACCAUCAUGGCUGAUCCAGAAGAGCAAAUAGAAGAGCCAAAGGUCGUGGAGGAAACUCAAGAUGCCGAGACAGUCCAAGACGAACCGGUGCAGGAGGAAACCACUGAUGACAAAACCAAUGAGCAAACCACAGAGGAAGGUACAACUGAGCAAACCAUAGGUGAGGCUACAACGGAGCAAACUGUGGAUGAGGCUUCUACGGAACCCAAGGAGGAGGAUGCUGAUGCAGGAGAACAACCUCAAGUCAUAGACAGUGAAGUCCAAGAAGAGGUUACUGGAGAGACCUCUGCAGAAGCUGAAGCUGAAGAUGAUAAGGAGCCAACAGAUGAGGAGGAGACGAGGCAAGAGCAACUUGAAGGUGAGGAGGAUGCGCAAACUACUGCUCCUCCUCCAACAGCUGAAGCUCAGUCAACCUCACCUCAGCCGCUCUUGAUGAGAGAGGCAACUGAAGAAGCCAUCCAGGAGGAGGCUGAGACGGAGCAAGUUGGUGAAGGGAGUAAACCAAACUCACCCGUUGAGAAACCUCCAUCUGUGAGGGCACAAGGGGAAAGACCGAGUACAGCUGGAUCUACGGGGUCUUAUGUCGAGUCCUCCUCGAAUGCACUGAGCUUGACUUGGUCGUUUGGCGUAAAUAAAAGCGUACCUUCCAUUAAUUUGACCAACCACCUGCGUAAGAUGGUCGUCUAUACCACGGGACACACUGCAGUGCUGUACAACUAUCAGAAGAACACGCAGAGACUACUACAGGGACAUAGUAAUAACAUCACCUACAUCUGCGCCAGUCGGGAUAAACGUUGGGUCGCAACUGCAGACAAGGGAGAUAACAGUAUGGUGAUUGUAUGGGACACAUAUACAGGAACUCCUGUGCAGACUAUUUUUGAAGCCCAUGAGAAUGGUGUGGUUUCCAUGGCGAUGACACCAGAUGCUAAAUACCUAGUUACCCUCGGGACUACCCCAAAUCAGUGUAUCUCAAUAUGGGACUGGACGACAGAUGGAGAGACACCAGUCUGCUCUAUGCAGCUCAGUAACAGCUAUGGUCAGCAGCACUACGUUCAUUUCAACCCAGAGGACACAUCACAGAUUGUGUCCAAUAGCGACAGUCAGGUUAUCUUCUACUCAUGGAAAGGUAGCAAGAUCGAGCAUGUAGCACCCUUACUGACUGAUCAGGAUUUCAACCGGAUGGUCGGUCAUUUCAGCCAGUCCAUCUUCUGUAGUAACAGCACCAGGGCCUUCACAGCUACUUCAGUUGGUAACGUCGUAGUGUGGGACAACAACAGACCCAUUUCUGGACCUGCUCUUCUGGAACCCUCUCCAAAUAAAAAAGCUUUCAAGCUUGUCCGAGUGCAGGAACGUGGCAUCACCGUACUCACAACAACAGAUCAGUAUGUGGUAACUGGUGACGUGAAUGGACAUGUGAAGUUCUAUGAUUUACAGUUGCGAAUGUCCAACUGGUACAAUGAGUUUGAUGUUGGGCCACUUAAUUCAGUCUCCUUUGCCUAUGUGUCUGACUUUGUGCCAGAAGUUAAAGAGGACAGUGACUACCCACCGGAUGCUACAAUUGAUGCCAAGUCGUUUGUAACUCGUGAUUAUACAAUCGGUACAUUCAACGCUCAGGUUGCUCUUAUUGUGGCAGAUGGAACAGAAGUCAAGAUGAUUCAAGAUGAACAUGAUGCAGCCAUCCAUGCUCUUGCCACACAUCCAAACCAAUCUCAUGUUGCUAUUGGAAGCUAUUCAGGUCUGCUCAAAGUCUGGAAUUACAAGUCAAAGACUUUGGUUGCAUCGAGGAACUUCCCCAAAGGUCACCUUAUCCGCUGUAUGGCAUAUGACCCCAAGGGAAACUAUCUUGGCAUUGGUUUCACCAAUGGCUGUGUGCGAAUCUUGGAUGCAAUAUCCCUUGAAGAAGAAUGCGAUGACCCUUUCAGGUAUUCCCGUGAUGCUGUGACUCUCUGCACAUUCUCACAUGACUCCAAGUGGAUGGCAGUCGCUGAUGCUGAUCACUGUGUGACCUUGUUCAAAGCACAGCAUCCCAGUACUGGUAUGACAUGGGACUAUCUUGGCAAACAUCGAGCUCAUUACAAACCAAUCCGAGAUCUGUCGUUUGGAGUUGCCCUCGAUUCAGACAACCCAAGAUUACUGUCUGUCGGAGAGGAUAGAGCUCUGAUCGAGUAUGACAUCUUCAACAGUGGAAAAGAUGACUUGAAGUUACUUGGAAUCGAGCGGAUUGAGCAAAGUGCAGUUCCACAGUGUCUGGUCUGGUACCCAGCCAUCACUAAGGAGCAGUUCUUCCUAUCUGCAAAUGAUCAGUUCAAGUUCAAGCUAUUCAACACAACAACUAAGAUGUGUAGAAAGACAGUGUUGGGACCAACAUAUGGCUCACCAGUACAAAAAAUGCAGGUGCUCCCGACCAAAGAUCCCGUCCAUGACAAGCGUUAUCUAUCCUAUAUCACAUCGGACAAGGUCGGUAUGCACAUCAUGCCGUUAGAUGGUAACCCUCACAAUGCCAUGGCGUUGAUUGCUCAUCCUAGUGGGGUGACCAACCUGGCAUGUAGUCAUGAUGGCAGAUACAUGUUCACCUCUGGAGGAACUGACAGUACAGUUCUUAUGUGGACCAUCAGUAUUGUUGCACUUGAGGCGGCAUCCAGGCUUGGUGGGGAGGAUUUGAUUCCUUUCUAUGGUCUUCUUGAAGGAGGUAGAGAAGGGGAACUAUUCCGAGAACUUGAGAACUACUUUUACUACGCCCAGAUCAGGAGCCAAGGGGUUGAUACCACAGACUCCAGACAGGUCUCCAUAAAGAUUCCCCUGACCGAGAUCCCCUUUGUGAUGCGUGCUAUGGGCCACUACCCAUCAGAGCAAGAGAUUGAUGACAUGGUCAAUGAAGUCAAGUUCAGCGAGUAUGUAGACACUGGCAAAUACAUCUCAGAGAUCAACCUGGGCGACUUCAUCAAAUUGUAUGUAAAUCACAGGCCUGCGUUUGGUCUGUCUGAGGCUAAGCUACAAUGGGCGUUUGAUGUUCUAGGAUUUGAUGAAGGGAUGGACCAACCAGUCAUAGAGAGAGGUGAACUAUUACACCUACUUCAAAACAAAGGUGAGCAUAUGACUGAGGCCGCAGUUGCAGAGUACCUGACCACACUCCUAGGUUACAACCCAGAGGGAGGGAGCUCAGAGCUUGGAAGCUUCGACCCCACCGGAGCCGGUGAUAUUCUGGAGGAUAGUUUACCAGAGCUCAUCUCGGCAGACAUGUUUGCCGGCGAGGUGCUCGGCUUCGGCGGCAUGGAAAACAUGGAACAGCAGUCUGCUUCGGUAAUGGAGUAAAAAUCCGGAGAUGGUAUGGACAAUUUCUUAUUAUUAAAGUUAUCUGUUUUCAGGAAUGGAGCUUUAGAAAUCCGAUCUGAAUAUUUCAAUAACCGCUCUUCCUGGUUUGUAAGUUUUAAAUACUUUUUUUUUUCUAAAUAAGAUUUAUAGCUGUAAAUUUUGUAUGAAAGUGUAUAUUUAUUUGCGUUUUAUUUUGGGAGAGAGUGUGUGUGAUGCUUUAGUAAGACACAUUUAAUUUGAAUAUUGCAGAAGCCGCAACAGAUGAGAAAUCUAAGAAAGUUGUUAAAUAUCCGUCCAAUAGUCGACCAUUCCAUUUGUAUCCCUCCGUUUUGUUAUUCAAGCAUGUAUAUACUUUGAAAUCGUAUGCGGUCCUUGUUAAUUUUUAGGAUGGCAAUUCCUACAUUUCCUGCAAUUUCCGUGCAAGAAUGGUAUUACUUUCCUGUCCAAUGUAUACAAUUUAUUAGGAUGGAAGGAAAUUACUAUUAUUUUUAUAUUUUUUUAUUUUAAAGACAAAGAAUACAUUUUUUUUUUGAACCAUUGAUUGCUUUAUUUUAAAAUGCAGUAGCAUUUUGGAGAUAUUUACAACAAAUCUGGAGCAGUUAUGUCUGGUUAUGUUUGUGUCGGAAGCCUUAGAACAAUCUGUGGUGCUCAUGUGCACGAUGCAAAGCUUCAAGACAAGAAAAGAUAAAACAACAUGUUUAGUUUGAUAUCAAAAUUUUGCCCGAGACAAAAUUGCAUCAAAUUUUAUAAUGAAAUAUAGCAUUUUAAGGGGAAACUCCAGGAGGAAACGGAUAUCUCGCAACAGCAAGUAAAAGUACUGUGGAUAUAGACUGUGCAAAAGUCCAUCACCCUUUAAGUGCAUGAUUUCGUUUCUGUAUGAAUUUAAAAGCAUUGAACCCAAGGUUCUCAAAUGAUGCGCGAGAGACUUGCACAAAUCUAUUCACAGACUACAAAUUGAAUCAACAAUACACCAACAUGAUCUAACACUAUAAUAUGAUAUGAUGGCAAAACAAUAUGUAUUCACAACAAAAUAAGUGAAAGUCUCUGUAGACCUUGCACAACAGUGGACCUUAAUAUAAAGGAAAAAAAAUCAUAAUACUAAUAUUUGUCUAAGUGUUUUACACUUAAGCUGUAAAUAUCAAAAGGUCACAGGGAAUAAUAGAAUAUUUUCCAGGGCGGUCUUAAAGCAACGUGGGUUUUGUCAGGUUUGAAGAUUUUAGAUUCUCGUGUAAAGCUAUAAAAUAUUCAUAGAUGUAUUUGACUACACGUUUUGAAAGAUAAUAAAUAUUUUAUUCAUG